UAUGCUCGCAAAGCUUUUUGACCCUUACCGUGGCCCAUAGCGUAACCAGGAAAUCACAUAGAGUAACCAAGAGAAACAGGAAGUUGUAUGUGCAGAGAGGCAAACGGUUUGCUUCCAAGCUAACUUCCAACUGAAAUUUGAAAAUACAGCACGGCAACACACGACAUAUUAUCUCCCAACAAUCACCGAAUACGGUGAUGUGUGCGGGUAACAAAAAACGACAUAUUGAGGUAGCUACCAGUAUGUUAAAAUCUGUGCUGCUAAGAGUUUUCUAUCUUGCAAGUUGAAGGUAACGUUCGUUGUAGUUGCAAUAAUAUAGUAAGCAAUAUAUCUAGCUUUUCAGGUUUUUUUUAUUUAUUUGACGCCGUUCGCCAUACAUUGUUAGAAUAUUGUCAGCUUUUUUCCCCCGAAUAGCUAUACUUGAGAUCAAUGGCUCUCCCGACGAUGUCUACACAAUGGUCAAAUCGUACUCGAACGCUGGAGAAGCGGAUAGUGCGGCAGCGGGAGCAGGAGGCACGUUGGCGGCAACAAUGGGAGUUGCACUCGGUGUACUUCAGAGAACAGAACGUCCGGAGCAGCAAACAGGCCCAGUGGAGCUCGCGUCAAUCUUAUCAACAAAGUAUGAUGGCCUAUCAUCGAGAGAGGCUUAAGGAGGAGAAGAAGCGAAAUCUCGAACAGCGCAGGGAACGGCUGCGCGUGCUGCUGCAGGAGGAGCGCGAUCAGAUGGAGGCCGAACUCCGGGGGUUGAUCCCCGACAGGAAGGCGCAGCUGAUGGAGCGCGUGGACGACCUGAAGUCGGCCAGAGAACAGCGCAGGAAAAAGCUGGCCGAGGAGCUGAUGCUUGAACACUGGAAAAAAAACGACCCAGACCUGCGAAAGGUUGAGUCGGCGCUGCACAAAGACCACGUCGUGAGCCAGUGGCAGACGCAGCGGUCCGAGAAACGAGAGCAAGACGAGGCGGACCAGGAAGAGAAGAAGCGCUUUGAGAACGAGUAUGAGAGGACGCGCAAGGAAGCGAUGGAGAGGAUGAAGCAGGCGGAGGAGAAGAAGAAAGCGGAGGAGAAGGAGUGGGCGGAGGCCCUCCGGCAGCAGAUGGAGGAGCUCAAAGUCCGGGAGGAAGAAGCGGGCCGGCUGAAGAGGGAGCAGGAGGCCCUGCUGACCCAGCACUGGGAGCUGGAGAGGCUGGAGGAGGAGAGGAGGCGACUGGAGGAGAGCCGGAGGAAGACCGAACUGGGGCGCUUCCUGACUCGGCAGUACCGCGCUCAGCUGAAGAGACGGGCCCAGCAGGUGCAGGAGGAGCUGGAGGCGGACCGUAGGGUCCUGGCCGCUCUGUUGGCGGGGGAGCAGGAGGGCCGCGGGCUGGAGAGCGCCCGGAGGGAGCGGGCGGUGGCCGACGCGGCCUGGAUGAAGCGCGUCAUCGAGGAGCAGCUGCAGGUGGAGCGGCAGAGGGAGGCCGAGUUCGACAUCCUCUACAGGGAGGACGCCCAGCGCAUGUGGGAGAAGCGCGAGAUGGAGUGGCAGAAGGAGAGGAAGGCCAGGGAGCGGCUGAUGCAGGAGGUGCUGACGGGCCGGCAGCAGCAGCUGGAGUUCAAGAUGCAGGAGAACCGGCAGGCCCAGGAGGAGUCCCUGAGGAGGCGCGAGGAGCUGAUCCAGGAGCUGGAGAGGGAGAGGGAGACCAGGCGCCAGGAGAAGGAGGCGCAGGAGGGGCAGAGGACGGCUCGCCUGCAGGAGAUCAAACAGCAGAUAGAGGAGCAGCGCCGGCAGCAGUGGGAGGAGGAGCGCAAGAGGGAGGACGAGGAGGAGGAGGCGCGGGAGGCCCAGAAUCGCUAUGACGACCUGGUACAGCAGGAAACCCAGAGGAUGACCCAGCGGGGUCAUCAGGACAAGAUCCACGGGCGUCCCAGAACAGCCUGGACAUGAUGACCGGGCCGAUGACCAAGAUGCUGAGACAGUACAACUGUCAAUUGCUCAUUUUUAAAAUGGCUGUUCACAAAAUGAGGUCCAAAUGUUGUAUGACGGACAAUAUAAUUAGCCUGCAUUUUUUGUACAAUAAUCGCAACUCAUGAUUUUGAUUCAAAGUCACAGGGACUGGUCAAGCCUAUUUAUCAAUAUGAAGUGUUUAUACAAGCAUAGUUUUAUAGUGCCAAUUUAUAUUUUUGUAAUAUGCUUUCUUUCAAAAUAGAUAUUUAAAUAUGAUUUUAAAAUAAACAUUUAACAAAAAAGAACAAAACCCUUUGCGAUCUUUGUCUUCAAAAUUCUUUCAGACACUUGCUUAACAGGAUGAGUAAUUAAUUCAAGUGAGGAUUAUAUAUGUACGUGUCAUAAACAAGUUGGUAAAAAUAUUUCAUUUGAAGCCUGCUUUAUUGUAUAAUUAUCAGGCAAAAAAAAAACACAUGAAGGCAAAUAAAAUAAUCUUACAACAGGUUUGUACAUUAAAGGUCAAAAACAAACAUGUUCAGGUUACAAUUAUAAAUUAAGUUUAUUAAAAAAUAAAAGGCAAGUUUUCCCACUGCAGCCAUGACAACGGCUUGACUGACAUCCCUGCGUGAAGACCACACCCAUUUAGAAUCAGAGACUUGAUGGACAGACGGACGUUUCCUUGAUCGUGAGUUUCAAGUAUAACACUGAGCUCUAAAACCUUGUGCAGAUGAAGACCCUCGGAGGGAAGAAUAACAAAAAAGGAUAUCUUAAGAUCCCAUCCCAUUAGUUGCACACAAAUUAGAAAAACCUAGCAGCACAAGUAAAAAAAAAAAAAAAACACAU